AUGGGAGACCCCUUCGGCCACUGGAGCAACCCCCCGUCCCGGAGCGAAUAUGACAGCUCCGCGCUCCAACGGUCCAACAGCUUCGCCCGCCCCAGCGGGAGAAGCAUCUACAACCAGCGCAAGGACUACGGCCAGACCCUGCUCAAGCCCCAAAAUGAUUUCCAGCAGCACGUUGAGCACCUACUCACCAUGCGCCUGGAGAGGGACAUCCGCAGCACCAGUGACUGCCUGGCACGCCUGAAGGUGCUGGAGGCCCAGGGACGGAUCUGGGGGCAGGACCUCAUCCUGCAAGUCAAGGACCAGGAAUUGGUGCUGAGGGAUGUGGAGAGCAAGGAGGAGCUGGAGGCUCACCCCCUGAGCAGCGUGCAGGGGUGCUCAGCCACGCUGGACAUCUGCGGCUACGACUCGGUGUUGGCCAUCAGCGUGCAGGAGCAGAGCCCCCCCGGGACCAGCGUCCUGCUCUUCCAGUGCGAGCGUCUGGGGGUGAGCCCUGAGGAGAUCCCCAAGCCCGAUUUCUACGCGCCCAUCCAGCGUGGGUUGCCUUCCUCGGACUACGGCUCACCGGACACCCAGCAGAUGCCACAGACCAACCCCCCAGGCCAGGCAAUGUCCGACGUGGACCGAGAUGUUGAGGUCCUCAACCACGUGCUGAGCGACUUGGACCUCUUCGUGGUCCGGCUGAAGACGGCCCUGGGCUUGGUCAGCACCACCAACCCAAAGAAGAAGAAGAAGAAGAGCAAACUUGCUCUGCCCCCCAGGGAUGAAUUCAUGGACUUUUUCCAGAAGGUGAAAUAUGCCCUCAACCUCGUGGAGCUGGUGCGCACCCUGUACGCGUUUCAGAGCAGGAACUCGCAGGAGCUGAGCGUCAGGAUGGGGGAGACGCUGCAGGUCCUGGACCAGCGGAAGAAGUGGUGGCUGGUGCAGGACAGCCAGGGGCAGAAGGGUUACGUCCCCAGGUGCCACAUCUAA